AUGACGGACGCAACGGCGAGCGCCGCGGGCGUGUAUGACCUGGUCGGCAAGAACCUGAAGCUGAACACGAAGGAGGACAUUGCGCCCUACCUGGCCGAGCUCAACAAGAUUGAGCCGCUGACCGAGGUGCACUUUGGCGGAAACACGUUUGGUGUUGGUGCGUGUGUUGCACUCGCCGAGACGCUCCGCACCAAGACCUCGCUGAAAGUCGCCGACUUUGCCGAUAUCUUUACCGGCCGCCUGAUCACCGAGAUUCCCGAUGCGCUGCGUGCGCUGUGCGACGCGCUCGUCGACCAUACCUCGCUCGAAGAGAUCAACCUGUCGGACAAUGCAUUUGGCGGCCGUUCCGCGGAGCCGAUGGUCAACUUCCUGACGCACAACCACAGUUUCAAGACGCUGAAGCUGAGCAACAAUGGUCUCGGCGUGACUGGUGGCACGAUUGUCGCCGACGCGCUCUACGCUGCGGCCCAGGAGCUCGAGAAGCAGGGCAAAAAGAGCGAGCUGCGUUCCGUGAUCUGCGGCCGCAACCGCCUCGAGAACGGCAGUGCGGGCGCGUGGGCGCGCGCGUUUGCCGCGCACGGUGGCCUGCGCGAGGUGCGCCUGUACCAGAACGGCAUCCGCAUGGAAGGCGUCGAGGCGCUGUGCCAGGGCCUGUCCAAGUGUGCGGACCUCGAGGUGCUCGAUCUGCAGGACAACACGGCGACGCUGCGCGGCUCGCGUGCGGUGGCAGCGGCGCUGCCGAGCUGGCCCAAGCUGCGUGUGCUGAACCUGUCCGACUGCCUGCUCAAGUCCAAGGGUGGCCUGCUGCUCUUUGACGCGCUGCACCAGGGCCACGGCAAGCAGCUCGAGGUACUCCAGGUGCAGUACUGCGACCUGAACCGCGACGCACUGCACAAACUCGGCAACGCGAUCGAGCUGCACCUCGAGAACCUGACGCAGCUCGAGAUCAACGGCAACUUUGCCGACGAGGAGGACGAGUGCAUUUCCAAGAUUACCGCGUCGCUGGCCAAGUGGGGCAACGACGAUGCGCUCGACGAGCUCGACGAGAUGGACCCCGACGGCGAGGAGGAGGAGGAAGACGAGCUGGAGGAAGAGGACGAAGAGGCGGAGAACGCGGAAACCGGCGAGAAGCCCGACGCGGCCGCGGACGCUUUGGCGGACGAGCUAUCCAAGACGCAUAUCAACAAAUAA